AGAAAGGUGACGAGGGUAGUUUUGAAAAUGAAAAAAGUGGAUAAUGCGUAUAGGGGAAGCUGAUGGGGUUGGAUAUGGAGUGCUCAAAGUAAACGAGAGUUUGGAUUGCGGUUUAUCGGGACUGAGUCAGUGACUCGUCAAAACGACAAGAUGGCAGGGUGUCAACUGGUGGGCAAUUCGGUGUUUUACGGGACCGAGAGACGAAAUUGCCAUUGUCAAUUGGUUAAAUUUUCGGGGGUGCCACUGUUUUAUCCUCUGCUCAAUGUUCCACUCACAAAUAUCUCGGCUUCCUUAUCCAAUGAAGGUCCGCCUGAUGGGUAUAGGAAAAAUGUUGGAAUUUGUCUCGUAAAUCCUUCUAAAAAGAUAUUUACAGCGUCGAGGAUAUAUAUUCCAAACACCUGGCAAAUGCCUCAGGGUGGUGCUAAUAAAGGUGAAGAUCUAAGAAAAGCAGCCAUGAGAGAACUGAGGGAAGAAACUGGUGUUACAUCCGCUGAAUUUCUUGCAGAGGCACCUUAUUGGUUGACUUAUGAUUUUCCUAUUAAAGUGAAAGAUAAGCUUAACCGUAGAUGGGGGACAAAUUAUAAAGGUCAAGCACAGAAAUGGUUUCUUUUUAAGUUCACUGGAAAUGAAGAAGAAAUCAAUCUUUUAGGCGAUGGUUCGGAAAAGCCAGAGUUCAAAGAGUGGUCAUGGAGAUUACCAGAACAAGUUGUAGAGCUUGCUGUGGAUUUCAAGAAGCCGGUUUAUGAACAAGUUCUCAAAGUAUUCAGCCCUUACUUCUCGUCAGAUGCAGACAAAGAGCAGUGUUUGACCAAGAAUGAACGUAAUGGAGGAAAAAUACAUAAGCAGACUACUAAAAGGAGUUCAACUAAGAAUAAACCAAAUGGUGGAAAAAAAAUACAUAAGCAAACUAAAAGGUGUUCAACUUCUCUGCAGGGUCAGGUAUCGUAAUUUUGCAUUGUUUUGGGGUUGGGGGGCGGGUUGAGAAUGUCAAAAUAAUAUCGAAAACCUGUUGCCAUUAAGCUGAUGCGACCGGACCAAAGUUUCUUGCAUGAUGAAACUAGAUUUAUUUGUUCGCUGGCAAUCGUAAAUCUGUCUCUGCAAAUUGGACAUCAUAGCUAUUCUUUUGCAAACAAACACUUGUGAAAGACUAUCCAUGUGUUGAAAUAUGCUUCAUAUUAAGAGUUAAGGAUUUAGGCCUAAGGGUUAAUGUUAUUAUCCUAUUUGUCAUCAUUAUCAUGCACAUUUAGGAUUGGUUGCUUUGUAAAUGAUGAUUAUAGUUGCAUUGGAAAAUAAUAAACUGAACAGUAAUGGAGAAAAGUUGACUCACUGAAUCGACUGAUAGACAAGGUAUUUUCUAUCCAAUGAGUUGUAAUGUUAGAACUGCAAGCCUUUUUAGUGAACUUUUAAUUCUGAAGUUAUAUUCCAUUUUUUUAGAGCAAAAAGGAUACCGUUCCAAGAAGCUCAGUGGCACUCCUAUUAUAUAUCAUACUUGGAACAAAUAUGUAAUGAGUACAAUUUUUUAUUAUUAAAUAUUUAUGAGGCCUUUGUUUGUAUUUAUAA